AUGGAAAACGCCGUCGUGUUCACAACCCAAUACGUUGGUCUGACAAGAUCUGCACCGCUCUUGCGUCUUCCAUACUGCCUGAGACAGAAAGUGUUGCAAAAGAAUAAUACGAAAGAAGGUGAAACAGAGGAAAGAUUUUCAGCUAACCUAACUAGGACAGUAGUUGAUCCAUGCGUAAAACAACCUCCAGUGCAAGUGCCUGAUUUCAGAGUACCUGGCCGCAGGGUCAGUCACGUAAGUCAACUUCGUAAAGGUAACACUGAGUCUAUUGCUGUGGGCGGACGUUCAACAUUGCCUGGGGAGUUUCCACAUAUGGGCGCCAUCGGGUGGAAGUCAGUUUUGGGCUCAUGGAUAUUCAAAUGCGGGGGUUCCCUCAUCAGUGAUAGGUUCGUGCUGACAGCGGGCCACUGUUCCAAGGCUUCAGCGAGAGAUACUACCAUCGCUGAUGUUGAUCCUAAAAUUGUGAGGUUGGCAGAUAAAAAUAUUUUGGACUUGGAUGAAGAUGGAUUUAAAAUAGAACACGUCGAUGCCAUUAUAUUAAGAAUCUUUACUCAUCCUGACUAUAAGCCACCAAAGAAAUAUAAUGAUAUAGCCAUCAUAGAAUUACAGGAGAAAGUGGUUUUUACCAGAUUUAUUCAACCGGCAUGUCUUUACAAUGGCUCUGAUAACGAAUCAGUUGGUCAAAAAGCCUCAAUGACAGGAUGGGGAGUAGUAGAAACAGUGAAUCGUACGACGUCCCCGGAACUGCAAGUAGUGGUGCUAGAUGUAUUGGAUUCAAAGCUAUGCGAUGACUUGCUGAAGCCGUCAUGUAACAGGCAUUGGUGUGGUUUAAAACAUCACCAGAUAUGUGCUGGCGUUUUGAAAGGCGGAGUGGACGCUUGCCAGGAGAGGUUUCCAGAGAACCAGAAUAACACUGAAUAUAAUCCAUGCGAAAUCCAACCUUCAAAAGUGCCUAAUUUUAAUGCACCCGGACGCAGGAUUAGUCACGUGAAAUGUUUGGAAUAUAUUUGGGAUAUCAAAACAAGAGAAGACGAAGACAAAAGAAAGGAAACAUGUGCAUAUACUCGUAGUAAAAAGAUACAAGGUAAUGGAGAUAUUAUUCCUAUUGCUGUCGGUGGACAUUCAACAUUUCCUGGAGAGUUUCCACACAUGGGUGCCAUAGGAUGGAAAUCAGUAACGGGUUCAUGGAUAUUCAAAUGCGGUGGUUCCCUCAUUAGCAAUAAGUUUGUGCUGACGGCAGGGCACUGCUCUAAGGCUUCGGAGAGGGAUAGCUCUAUUGCCGAUGUUGAUCCUAAGAUUGUUAGGUUGGCAGACAAAAAUAUUUCGGACAGGGAAUUACAUGGGCUUACUAAAAUAUAUUUGGAUGCCACUAUAUUGAGAAUUAUCACUCAUCCUGACUACAAACCACCAAAAAAAUAUAACGAUAUAGCCAUCAUAGAGUUGCAGAAUGAAGUAUUUUUUACUAAAUUUAUUCAACCGGCAUGUCUUUACAACGGCUCUGAUAAUGAAUCAGUUGUUAAAAAAGCCUCGAUGACUGGAUGGGGAGUGGUGGAAACUGUUAAUCGUACUACAUCUCCGGAACUGCAAGUAGUUGUGCUAGACAUAUUAGAUUCAAAACUAUGCGACGCCUUGCUGAGGCCAUCAUGCAACAGGCACUGGUGCGGCUUAAAAGAUCACCAGGUGUGUGCUGGAGUUUUGGCAGGCGGGGUGGAUGCUUGUCAGGGUGAUUCGGGUGGUCCUUUACAAAUUAAAAUGACUCUUCCACACACAAAUGACAAUUGUAAGUACGAUAAACCAUGCAGGCGAAUGUAUCAAGUGAUCGGCGUGACUUCAUUCGGUGUCGGUUGCGCGCUACCGAAUCUUCCCGGGGUUUACACAAGAGUCUCCAGCUACCUUGAUUGGAUUGAAGAUAUAGUUUGGAAAUAAAUUUACAAGAGAAGUUACGAA